GACAAGCACUCAACUCCUUACGACCAACCCAACGACCCUUGCCCGCUGCGUUCCUGGUGAAGGGCUGCAGGAUUAGAGGUGAGUUUGUUGCAAUUAAUCCGUCGUGAUUUCGAUCCCUCUCGAAUUUUCCCGCGUCGUCGACGGUCGGUGUGCGCGUGCAAUCUACGAUCGGUCUCGAACUUGAAUUGGAAGAUACACAUUCCGGGGUAUAUCGAAGAGGAAGAGAGAAAAAGAAGAAAGAUUAGCAGAGCAGUUGUUUGGUGCAAGGGAAUAUUAGCGGCGGCGACGACGACGAUUGAAAAGAAAGAACAACUCAAGAAAGAAUUUUUUUCUUCGCUUUCUCGUCCAUACCCGAAUUCGCACACAUUUCCAGCAUCGAGCAUCGCCACACACACACACACAACACCAUUCCAUUCAAUUCAAAUCGACCCGACAAUCGCACGAACAAACCUAAGACCAUCGACGCAUCGGGGCAAAAAUUUCUCGAAGAGGGAUUGACAAUCACCGACAACAGUCUACUGCUUAUUGCUACUGUCUUUUGUGGCGAGCAAUCCCCGCUAAUACUUCUGCCAUCUACAGUCCCCUCGAACAGCAAACAUGGGUAUCUCACGCGACUCUCGUCACAAGCGCUCGGCUACCGGCGCGAAGAGGGCCACCUACCGCAAGAAGAGGGCGUUCGAGAAGGGUCGCCAGCCCUCCAACACCCGUAUCGGAACCAAGAGAAUCCACCUGGUCCGCACCCGUGGUGGUAACCAGAAGUUCCGUGCCCUUCGUCUCGAAUCCGGCAACUUCUCGUGGGGUUCUGAGGGUAUCUCCCGCAAGACCCGUGUCAUCGUUGUGGCCUACCACCCCUCCAACAACGAACUGGUCCGCACCAACACCCUGACCAAGUCGGCCGUCGUUCAGAUCGAUGCUGCUCCUUUCCGUCAAUGGUACGAGGCCCACUACGGCCAGCCCAUCGGCCGCCGUCGCCAGCAGAAGACCGAGACCACCGAGGAGAAGAAGUCCAACAGCGUUGUGAAGAAGCAGGCUGCUCGCUUUGCUGAGCAGGGCAAGGUCGAGUCUGCCGUCGAGCGUCAGUUCGAGUCCGGACGUCUGUACGCUGUUGUGUCGUCCCGCCCCGGCCAGAGCGGCCGCGUGGACGGAUACAUCCUGGAGGGUGAGGAGCUGGCUUUCUACCAGCGUGCUAUCCGCAAGUAAAGAAAUCAUACACACAAAAGCGAAUAGUUACGUUGUGUUGUUAAGUUAAAAGGGCUGGAUGGAUCGGAGUUAGCAUUUUCCAGAAAAUUAGCUCUGAAUUGAUGGAUGAAUCAGAUGUUCA